GGAGGAGAAGGCAGCGUGAGGAGGGAGCCGUGCCCUCGACUGGAGGCAGGAGGACCGACGGGGCGGCCGCGCUGGGGACAGGUGUCCUAGGGCUGGGAAGCCGUGGUGCCGCACCCGACACUCCGCCCCGAGCUCUCUCGGAUCCUGAGGCGUAUGGAACCUCAAGGUCUUUGUGAUAAUGGAAACCAAAAAAUUGAUUGGUAAACCGCUUCAGCCAGCAAGACCAGUUCGACAUCUGUCUUCUCCCCAUGGAGCAGCAUUCCCCUUUAAUUUUCAAAAUGAAAAUCCAUGCAGCACUCAGUGUUUACAAAGUGGAGUUGGCAGGUGUAAGACUAAUGGAAUGCAAACCUUCACUCAAGGUCUUAAUCAACCACAGCAGCAUCAGUCUCCAGUCAAAAAAGAAAGAAUUAAAUAUAGCAGAGAUUUCCUGUUGAAGCUCUCAAGUGUUUCCAUCUGUAGAAAGAAACCAGACUUUCUGCCUGAUCAUCCCAUUGUACUCCAGAAGCCAGAAAACAACCAAAGUUUUAAGUAGCAUUUAUAAGAACAGAUGAUUUUGAAGAUAAAGAAUCGUUCAUUUUAUAUUUUGGACACCUAAAAAUGAAGUGGAUCUAGUAACAAUAACUGCGAUGGACCGUGACAAUCCAAUUUAUUUUUCAUUUCAAUGGUUGACUAUUUGGUUUUCCCUAAAAUGAGUAAGAAAUAUUUUAACCUAUAAAGAACUUUCUUUCUAAUCAGCUUCAGCUUUUGCAGGCAAGCAACUGCAUAAUUUGGGAAAUAACACUGGAAAGUAGUAAUUGACUUAGUUUUGUGGGAAGACCCGGUAUUUAUAAUUUGCACGUUACUUGCAAUUUUUUUGUUUUUCAUCAUUUGUAAUAAUGGAAUGGAAAUGCAAGCUGUAAACGAUUCUCAAAUAUAAAAUAUUUGCUACUA